CUUGAGCGUAGUUUCAACGCAAAUAAAUUGUCGCUUGGGGAAAACCCUUGUCGGUUCUUCCACUUUUUAGAAAAUAACAGUUAACUGGUCAGAAAUUCACACCACCGCAAGAAGAAUGGACCUCCGGGAGUCGAUCAGGAACCAAAUCGACGUCGGUUUAGGCAUUGCCAAGCAUCUGCUCUUAACCGAAGCCCAGAGCUCUAAUUCAGUCUUCUCGCCGCAGUCCAUCCAGGUGGUGCUCAGCCUUAUUGCGGCCGGGUCCAAGGGUGCCACCCUCGAUCAGUUGCUUUCUUUCCUCAAGUCAAAGUCAAAUGAUCAAUUGAAUUCCUUGUCGUCCGAGCUCGUUGCUGUGGUUUUCGCGGACGGCAGCUCAAGCGGUGGGCCACGUUUGUCGUUUGCCAAUGGCGUUUGGGUGGAUAAGUCUCUUUCUCUCAAGCCUUCCUUCAAACAAGUUGUGAAUAGUGUAUACAGGGCUGCUUCUAGUCAAGCUAAUUUCCAAACAAAGCCUGAUGAAGUGACUAAUGAAGUAAAUGCAUGGGCUGUAAAAGAGACAAAUGGCCUUGUCAAAGAGGUUCUUCCCUCUGGGUCGGUUGACCAUACAACCAGGCUCAUAUUUGCAAAUGCACUAUAUUUCAAAGGAGCUUGGAAUGAAAAAUUUGAUGCAUCAACUACAAAAGACUAUGAUUUUUACCUUUUGAAUGGAAGCUCAGUUCAUGCACCCUUUAUGUCUAGCACAAAUAAGCAACUUAUUAGUGCCUUUGAUGGGUUCAAAGUCCUGGGACUUCCUUAUAAACAAGGUGAAGAUAAACGCCAAUUUUCCAUGUACGUCUUCCUUCCAGAUGCAAAAGAUGGGCUGCCUUCUUUGGUGGAGAAAGUGGGUUUGUCAGGGUUUGUGGAUCAACACCUUCCACAGAAAAAAGCGGAAGUGGGUGAUUUCAGGAUUCCAAAGUUUAAGAUUUCCUUUGGAUUUGAAGCUUCCAAAACUCUCAAGGGAUUAGGACUGGUGUUGCCAUUCUCUGGUGAAGGAGAUUUGACAGAGAUGGUAGAGUCUUCUGUUGGUAAGGAUCUAUAUGUUUCAAGCAUAUACCAUAAAUCCUUCAUCGAAGUAAAUGAGGAAGGCACAGAAGCUGCAGCUGCAUCUGCUAGUGUCAUAAGUGACAGGAGUCUGGAUAUUCCUCAUAAGAUUGACUUUGUAGCUGACCAUCCAUUCUUGUUCCUGAUCAGAGAAAACAUGACUGGAGUGGUGCUGUUCAUUGGCCACAUUCUUGAUCCCUCGCAGACCAAGUGAAUCUUCUUCACUGGAGAACACGUGUAAGUAGAUCAAGCCCAACGUAAAACCUUUUUUAAUGACUAGUAAUGUAUGGCUGAUGUGUUGUAUUUCGCUUCUUAUGGUGUCUAGCGGAGUUGUUUAAUGCCAGGCGUGAACUUUUGUGUCAAUGUAUUUGCCUCAACACAUUUAAAAUAAAAAGGAAAAUAAACUUCAGGUGAAGGAAAAUCAAAAGAGAAAAAGAGUUUAUUCAAA